AUGCAUUUACGCCCCGAUCAUGCCGUACGGGACCUCCGAACCCUACACGCCUUUAUCCGCGCCCACCCCCUCGGCGUCCUGACCACUUCCCUCCCAUCGGAGAAUCACCCGACACUCCAAUGCAGCCAUAUCCCAUGGGUCCUGGAUAGCAAACCACCAACCACCGCAGAGAGCAAUGCACCUUUCCUUGGCACAAUGCGGGGACAUAUUGCCCGAGUAAAUCCUCAAAGCAAAGCCAUAGUCGAAGCCGUCACGGAAUCCCGUGCCCAAACCCCCGCAGAGGUUGAAAAGAAAGGCGGGGGCGAUAUACUUUCCGAAGAAGUUAUGAUUGUGUUUACCAGUCCAGUGGACCACUAUAUCACACCAAAUUUCUACACGCAGGGCAAAGUGGGUGGAAAGGUUGCGCCGACGUGGAAUUACGCUGCUGUGCAGGUCUACGGGCGCGCACAUAUCUACCAUGACGCGAAAGAUGAGGGUACGGGCGAGUUUCUGCAUCAGCAGUUGACUGACCUUGCCCGAUUAGGCGAGGAGGGGGUUAUGGGAUUCCAAGAUGGUGAUGAGGGAGGUAACCCGACCACUGGUGCACACACUCCGUGGAAAAUAGCCGAUGCACCCAAGGAGUACAUCGCGACAUUGAAAAAGAAUAUUGUCGGGAUGCGGAUUGAGAUCACCCGGAUCGAGGGCCGUUUCAAGGUUAGCCAGGAACGACCGGUGAAUGAUCGGAAUGGAGUGGUGGAGGGGUUAGAAGGGAUGCAGGGUCGAGCGCGAGAGAUGGCCGAGUUUGUGAAGAGUGGCCGUGUGCUAGCUGAAUGA